UAAAGAGGGGAAGUAUACGUCAAUGCACUUGUCCGGUUGAAAGCCGGGUUUCACAAAAGAGAAUGUGAUUGGUGAGAACAAUCGGGCACGGAAGAAAUAUUGUUGAGUGUUACAACACGUUUUGUUCAGAAUAAAUGUAUUAGCCUUUAAAUUGAAGUGCGGAUAUUUUCAAGAAACUAUGUCAAACCGAAGCCCCAACAAUGUGGAUAGUGGGUGUUACUGUGGCGAUGUUUGCUGCAGUUGCAGCUUACCCAGUGUUUGACUUCCAAGUGUUGCCAUCAUCUGUUAUGAGUAUUUCGUGUAUAUUCAAUACAUCUUCAGUACUGAAUACCAAGUUUUUAAGAGGAACAAAAACACAAUUCAAUUCAGUUGUAGAAUUAGUACAGAAUACGUGUGGUGUAAAUACUGCUUUUAACGCGUCUGACGUGCAAUGCGAAUGCUCGGAAUAUCGUGUGACGUGCAAUAUAUCAAAUUUUGAGAUGUCAGAAGACAUUGCCAAAUGGAUGUGUGAUAUAGUUAUAAACAACAUACGUGUUACCAGUAAAAUUGUCACCGUAACUGUACAUGGCGGAGCAGUUGCGCAAGAACAAAGCCCUAGUGAACAGACGACACGGUUGAGUACAUCAGAAAGAAUCAAAACAUCAGCCGUGUAUACCAAGGAACAAGCUCUUCCGAUUCGAACACCGACGGAUGUCCAUUCUACGGAAACCACAAAUUUGACUACUUAUUAUGACAUGAAUACCCAGACUUUUGAGACUACUGAUAAUGGAGUCAACGUAAAUGUUACAGUGAUAGUUUUUUCCACUGCCGGACCAUUCAUCCUUUUUGACAUUGUACUAGUCGUUUAUCUGCAUCGAAAAAAACAUAGAUUCUGUCCAAAACGCUCUCCAGCUGUUGCGGGACGAUCUGUUUGUAUUGAGAGUGGGGGUGGACCAGUUGGCUUUACUUAUCCGAUCAAUUGUGUUGCAUUGUCCGGUGAAGUCAACAACACCAAAACAGCGCACAAUUCACGCACACCAAGUGGACAUAAGAAAAGAAUGCAAGGCCAAUUUCACUAUGACGAUGAUUCGGUGUAUAGCUUCGCAAAAGACACCGAGGUUCGAUUACCGGAUGAUGCUGCGUUCGGCUUUCGAAAACACAACCAAGAACUGAGCUCCGAUGCACGUGGAGAUGCAGUUAAUCCGACUGUGCGCUUUACUUCACUGCUAUAUGCAAAUGGGAGCAAUGAAGAACAAUUCUGCAACAAACAUAGCUCGAACGAAAUACACUACAGCACUGUAAAAGAUGAUGACUCACACAACGUUUUAGGUGACCUAGAUGACCCACUGUACUCAUAUGUAUGCAAAGAAGAUCAGCUUUCCUCAGCGGUAAAAAAGAAAAUUAAGACAUAUGACCGUUUCAACCUUGUUGUUCACUCACCCGUUAAGAAACUCGAAUGUUCCGUAACUGAUUACACACAUCCUUCAAAUAACCUUGAUGAAAACGGAUUAUCCCAAUAUCCAACUGUGGGCAUCGAAGACGAGGAAAAUGUGCUGUAUUCCACUGUACAAAUGGAUGGCACCUUUCACAAACGCUUUGCAUACACAAAAGAUGAUACAUUUGUCGCUGACGGAUACGUUUGUGACUCUGUGAAACGGAAUGAACCACAAGAUUCAUGUGCUAAGAAUGAUUCCCCAAUAUAUUCAAUCGCCAACAAUUAGAGAUGGAGAAUCAAAUGACAGGAAUAAGUAGGAAGAAAAUAGUCGUCAAACCUUAUGAAAAUCGUGCAGGUGGAGAAGUCGUCCGUCGGUUACACAAUCAGAGUAAAACUAAUGCGAACCCAAUCAUGCAUUCAGUGAUUUAAAAAAUAGAUAACUCAAACUGUGAACUUGAUAACUAUCAAAAUAUUGUAUUCGCUUGCUUCAUUCGACAUGUUAUUGUUAGAAAACACUUAACCUACGUAAGAAAAUGUUAGGAACUCACAGGUUUUGACAUUAUUAAUACUUUAAAUCAGUUGAACGAAUGUCCCCUUACAUCUUACAUGUAUUACAUAAACGUGUAAAAAAGCACUGAUAACUUGCCUUAACAUUGAGCUAUAACUUAGCAUUAUAUAUUGGCUUGUGAUGGACGAUGUUUGGUGCACACUGCACAUUAAUUGCUAAACAUGACGGUCAUGUGAGAUAUCAUUUUAAGCGAUGUUCAAUUUUCUUUCGAAAGUGUUCACUAUGCAUAAACGUAACGUAUAUUGCAGAUUAUGUGUCUGAAUAGAUGCUAAAAAAAUUUAAUGUUGUUUUAUUAUCGAAUGUUACCAACGAUAAAUGUAUAUUACACAA